AUGCAAGCGCCACCUCUUUUCUCUUCCGCGCGGCAGCUACGAAACCACGGCUUUGUGUGUGACAGCAAGUGUGUGCGCGCGAACGUCCCCGGGCUCACACACCCCCUUCCAUCCAGUCUGCUCACCGCUCCUGGUCCGCGCGCGCGGCGAGCGCAUCCCGAGCGGGUCCUUACAUCAGGCGGCCUCACCGCCAUGCCUCUGGCCACCCGGCCUCGGACCUGGCCUCGGGAAGCUGGGGGCGACAUUCACGCCCCCGUUCUCAGCCGCAGGGGCAACCGACAGGAGCACCGCCGGGAGCCGGGCAAAGACGAGGCAGGGACCGGGGGGAGGCGAAAGGGCCACUGGCGCGCGCCGCGCCCCCAACUCCCCGCGCCCUCCGCGGUCCCUUCUGCGUUCAUCUCCCCGCGGAGAUGGGAGAGCUUCGACGCGAUCGCCCCGACCCACAGGCUCUCACCUCCUUGUUUGAGCAGUAGCAGCAGCCGGGAGUGCCUGCCAGCCGCUGUCCCCUGGGGAGCCCAAGGCGCGGCGGGGCACGGGGUCGCGGCGCCCCGAGCCUGCGGCGCGGCUACCUGGGCUGGAUCGCGCCCGGGGCCGCCGCGGCAGCCGCGGGAGCCGCAGGGCCGCCGCUGA